AUGAUCAAAUUGGCGUCGGAUAUUUCGUUGGCUUCGGCAGUUACCCCAAAGAAAGCAUGGAGCCGUGCAAUCCUUGAAAGGUUUCAGCUUCACUUGAAACAUGGCAGAGCUUUAAAGAGGGUAACGGUUUUAAACAAAAAGAAGAAGCAAGAAGUUUGUAGAGGCGUUGAGAGCAUAAGCCGUCCUGAUAAGCUGAGAGGACUGGUCCCUGGAGGUGAGAGAAUGGAUUAUUGCACUCUUUUGGAGGAAACAGCCGAUUAUAUCAAGUGUCUUGAGACCCAGGUAAAGGCAAUGGCGGACAUUGUCAAGUCUCUUUGUCCUUAG